GCCCGCCGCUCCUCGCCCUCUCCCGAACCGGACUCCGAGUUCUCCCGGAGCCGACCCUUGGCGGCAAGUCGGAUCUCUCUCUCUCCCCCGGCCCCGGCGAAUUGGAUGAUUUCGUGGGGGUUUGUUUUUUUGCCUGUUUUCCUGGAACGGACCCUCUUUCACCAAUCGGAUCCCUCCCCGGCCCCGACCCCCGACUUGGAUGCUAUUUUUCCCGCAGAGGAUCGUUUCCCCAUUUCGGGUGGGAGCGCUGGGCAGACGAUGCUGGACGCGAUGGAGGCGCCGGGCCACUCGAGGCAGCUGCUCCUGCAGCUCAACAGCCAGCGGACCAAGGGCUUCCUCUGCGACGUGAUCAUCGUGGUGCAGAACGCGCUCUUCCGGGCCCACAAGAACGUGCUGGCCGCCAGCAGCGCCUACCUCAAGUCCCUGGUGGUGCACGACAACCUGCUCAACCUGGACCAUGACAUGGUCAGCCCCGCCGUGUUCCGCCUGGUGCUGGACUUCAUCUACACGGGCCGCCUGGCCGACGGCGCGGACGGGGCGGCGGGGGCGGCCCCGGGCGCCGAGCCGGGGCUGGGCGCCGUGCUGGCCGCCGCCAGCUACCUGCAGAUCCCGGACCUGGUGUCGCUGUGCAAGAAGCGGCUGAAGCGGCACGGCAAGUACUGUCACCUGCGGGGCGGCGGCGCGGGCGCCGGCGGGGGCUUCGCGGCCUACGGGCGUCCGGGCCGGGGCCUGCGCGCCGCCACGCCCGUCAUCCAGGCCUGCUACCCGGGAGGGCCGCCCGCGGGGCCCCCGCCGCCCGGACCGGCCGACCCCGACCUGCCGCCGGCGCCCGGCGACCCGCCGCUCAACACGCACUGCGCCGAGCUGUACGCCUCGGGCCCGGGCCCGGCCCCGCCGCCCCCGGCGCUCUGCGCGCCCGACCGCCGCUGCUCCCCGCUCUGCGGCCUGGACCUGUCCAAGAAGAGCCCGCCGGGCCCCGACCGCCUGCACCCGGGGGAGCGGGACCGGGAGCGGGAGCGGGAGCGGGAGCCGCCGCCGCGCCACGACAGCCCCCCGGGGCCCGGGGCCUACAAGGAGCCGCCGCCGGGCUUGCCGCCGGGCCUGCCGCCCUUGCCCUUCCAGAAGCUGGAGGAGCCCGGCGGGCCGCCGGCGGAUCCCUUCCGCGGGGGCGGGGGCGGGGGCGGGGGCGGCAGCCCCGACCCUCCCGGCCGCCCCGACGGCUCGGCGCUGCUCUACCGCUGGAUGAAGCACGAGCCGGGGCUGGGCAGCUACGGGGACGAGCUGGGCCGGGAGCUGGGCCGGGAGCUGGGCCGGGAGCGGGGCGGCGGCGGGUCCCCGGGGGACCGCGGCGGCGGCGGCGGCGGGUCCCCCGGGGACGGCGUGGAGGCGGGCCCCGGCUCCCCCGGGGGGCCCCCGCCGCCGCCCCCGCCCCCCCCCCCGCAGCCCCCGCCCCCGCCCCCGCCCCCGCCGCCGCCGCCGCCGCGCUUCCCCGGGGGCCUGGACGGGCCCGGCGACGCCGACGACUACAAGAGCAGCAGCGAGGAGACGGGCAGCAGCGACGGGCCCAGCCCGGCCGGGGGCCACCUGGACCGCUACCACUGCGCCCACCUGGCCUACGGCGAGCCCGAGAGCUUCGGCGACAACCUGUACGUGUGCAUCCCCUGCGGCAAGGGCUUCCCCAGCUCGGAGCAGCUGAACGCGCACGUGGAGGCCCACGUGGAGGAGGAGGAGGCGGCGCUGUACGGGCGCGGCGGCGAGGCGGCCGAGCCGGCGGGGGGCGGCGGGGCCGGGCCGGGGCCGCCCUUCGGGGUCGCCGGCGGGGGCGACAAGGCGGGGGGCCCCCCGGGGCUGGGCGAGCUGCUGCGGCCCUACCGCUGCGCCUCGUGCGACAAGAGCUACAAGGACCCGGCCACGCUGCGGCAGCACGAGAAGACCCACUGGCUGACGCGGCCCUACCCCUGCACCAUCUGCGGCAAGAAGUUCACGCAGCGCGGCACCAUGACCCGCCACAUGCGCAGCCACCUGGGCCUCAAGCCCUUCGCCUGCGACGCCUGCGGGAUGCGCUUCACCCGCCAGUACCGCCUCACCGAGCACAUGCGCAUCCACUCGGGCGAGAAGCCCUACGAGUGCCAGGUCUGCGGCGGCAAGUUCGCCCAGCAGCGCAACCUCAUCAGCCACAUGAAGAUGCACGCCGUGGCCGGGGUCGGGGUCGGGGCCGGGGUCGGGGUCGGGGCCGGGGUGGGGCCCGGCGGGCCGGGGCUGGCCGCCCUGGGCGGGCCCGACGGCAAGGCCAAGCUGGACUUCCCGGACGGCGUCUACGCCGUGGCCCGCCUGACGGCCGAGCAGCUGGGCCUCAAGCAGCAGGACAAGGCGGCGGCGGCGGCCGAGCUGCUGGCCCAGACCACGCACUUCCUCCACGACCCCAAAGCGGCCCUCGAGAGCCUCUACCCGCUGGCCAAGUUCACGGCCGAGCAGCUGGGCCUCGGCCCCGACAAGGCGGCCGACGUCCUCGGCCAGACCGCCCACCUGGCCGGGGGCCCCGACGGCAGGACCAUUGACCGCUUCUCCCCCACCUAGGGGAGCCGGGGAAUGCACUGCACCCUCCCCUCUCCCCUUCCUCCUCCUCCUCCCGGGGGGAAGGAAGGAGGGCCCGAGCCCCGGCAGGGACAACCGCCGCCGCCGAAGACCCACCCCCCCCCCCCCCCCGCCCGCCCCGGAGGCCGCCCCCCCACCCUGCCUCCGGGCCUCCGGGAUCCGACCAGGCCCCCCGCUAAGGGGGCCGCUUCGUGCCUUAGCCCGGGGAGCGGGGGAGAGCGGGACGGCGGCAGGGAAAUUUCUAUUUUUGAUAAGAACAGCUUCGACCAAAGGAGACCCCCCCCCCCCGCCUCCCCCCC